AUGGCCCUUACAUUUUUUAUGAUGGUGGCAGUGUUACCUGGGGUUCUUUCAACCCAAAAAAUGAUCAAAGAAACAUUCUCCAACCAAAUACUUAAAUUCAGAGACAUGAAGGAAAGACACAACGAUCUACAUAGGAGCCUCAACAAACUCCAGGCUCAAGGUUCCACACAAAGAAAAGGACUGUAUAGACAUCAUCACGACCUCCAGGUGUUUGCUACAUGUUGCCUCACACUGCUCUUCUCCAUUGAAAUCUCAUCUCAGCUCUGUACCAUGCUUCACUUCCAGCAGAACAAAGUGAACAAAGAGAGCUUGGAGCUUCUGAAGAAAAUGAGCGGAAUUUUCCCCUCACAAUGCAUAUGGGAAAGGACAGCUUUCAAACCCACCCAGGAAGUUUCCCAACUCCCACUGUUCCAGAAGGAUAAUGCCAAGAUGGCAAUGCAAGAGAUCCUCCAAGAGAUCUUCAACAUCUUUAGCAAAAACCUCACCCAAAGUACCUGGGAUGGGAUUUCUAUAGUCAGGUUCCAAAAUAGACUUUACCAGCAAAUUCAGCAGCUGGAGGCGUGUUUGAAAGCACAGAUGGAGAAGGACUUAACCAACCCAGAAAGUGAGGACCUCCAGCACACCAGUUGGAGAGUGAAACAAUACUUUCAGGGGAUAGAUGCUUUCCUGAAAGAAAAGCAAUACAGCCUGUGUGCCUGGGAGAUCAUUCGCGUGGAAUACCCAGAU